AUGUUGUGUGUUCUCUUCCGGGGAGCUCGCGCACCCUAAAUGCAAAGAUGGGACGAGGCGUGACGGAGUCAGAAGAAGACCUUAAAAUGUUUAAAGGAGCUUCGGUGUCUUUACCGAAACACUCCUACUGGUUUGACUUUUGGGCGUUCGUGGUGUUUGACAUCGCGUUUUUCCUCGUCAUGUAUUUCAUAGUGCCGUAAAAAGGUUUGUCCCCUGGACUCUGUAGCCUGAAGACAUGGAGUGCUGGUCCUGCCCUGUUGCCAGGAAUGUUAACCCAGCUUUGACUGAAUUUAACAGCACGUUAUUGGAGAUCACAUCCCACGUUUCCACAGCUUGGACACUGAAACUACAAGUUUUAUGCAUGUGACAUCCUGAUUGAUUUUUGAUAUCCUUCCCUCUGUGGCCUGUUGCCAGGUGCCGUCAUCUUUCUGCAUGGAUGGAUUCAUGUUGCUGCUGUGGGGAAGAGAUACAUUUUAAGUAUUUCAAUUGAAAAAUUACAAUGGCCACCUGAUAAUUCGGUGGGUGGUGGGGAGGCUGUGAUGACAGCAGAGAAACAAGAUUUUACUUGCACACCACGAAAAACAAUGUGAUGUUGUGGAGUAUGAGUCCAGCACACUAAAAUCUUGAAAGGUUGCACAUGGAAAUACUGCAAAUAAAGUGUUUUGCCUACCUGCUAAAUGGUGGCUAGUUGUUCUUGUUUAGCACUGCAUAGUAUUUACACACAUUUCAAAUCUCUGUUAUUAGUCUUAAAUGUAAUAUGUAUGCUUUGCUACAUUGCUUUGGAGAGUCAUUUCUGCUGUCAAAUGUGUCAUGACCUAAAGUGAGUUUAUAAUUUGGUUAUGGAAAUACACAACCAACAUCCAUUAAUACACUGUUUUGUUCACCUGAUUAUGAAGGACUUUUAUGUUUAUUAACACUACCUGCCCACAGGGAUUAGCUAAUAGGUAGCUCCAUAAAUCCAUUGGUUUUAUUCCCUUUAAAUAUAUUUGAUAUAACAAACAUUUUAUAUUAUAUUAAUUAAAAUGGCUUGCAUUUCCUUUUUGACUGUGACCAACCGACUCUGAGUAAUCUUUGUGUUCUGCAUGUCAUCAGCUGCUGCUAUUCAUGAGAAGUACUUUUGUAUAGUUACAAUUUAUUCUUGAGCACUGUUUGUACAUAACUUAACACUUUUAUUUUGAAAACAAUUUACGACACGUGUUUCCGCUUUGUAAGGAGCUAACAACAAACGGUUUGCAACCUUAUCGUAGUUUAAGUGAUUUUUAAAUUGUGUAAAUCAUGGAAACGACUGGCAGCUCCUAUCAAGUGGAAAACACAGUUCAGGUUUUUUUUUUUUCGAUGCCAACAUUUAAAGUCACUGUCCUGUCUCCAUACUGUUUCCUAAUCUGCACGCUGGCUCCAAUAAGUGCACUGUGGAGAUAUAUUCCUGCCGUUGUCAUCAUUAAGGCUGCUGAUACCUCCUCUGCGGCUGCUUUCUGCAGCGAUGUGGCAAGUGGCCCAGCGGAGAGAGGUUCUUGAUUAUGAAAAGCUCGAUGAGUUUGUGACGCUGGUGACGGCAACGGUUCCAGACCUGCUCAGUCCAAAGCAACGAGGCAAACUGCUUCUUCGACUGAGAGCGAAAAUUAUUCUUGAGUUGUGCAGAAAUGAGGAAACGGCCAACAUUUUGUGUAUACAGCCUCAUCUAGAACGGAUCCGUCCACCAGGAUACUCAGGAAGUGGAGAUGCAGAGGUGGAUGCAGAGGAGGCCAUUUUUGUGGCGCUCAUCCAAACACUACUGAAAGACCCAGCAGAGAGGGAGCAUUUUUACCAGGAGGUUUUUCCAACAGAGUAUGGCCUCAGCUACGACACAGACAUGCAGCUCCUUGUGUGGGAGUUUCUUUCUAAACUGGAGAAACUCCUGCCAGUGCCAGACCUCAGUCAAACUGUUUCAUGGCUGACCUCUGCCCCCUCUGUACUGAGGGACUGCUUGCAAGCGCUCUCCAGCCCUGACGACCUGAGGUCUCUCCUGCAACACCACAAAUGCCUCGAGCACCUUGGAACACAAGGUACCACUGUGGAGAUGUCCACCCAGGUCUUUGCCUGCUCCGAGUGUCCAUUCUUCCACAUGCAGGAGUCCUACCUGCUGCAGCACAUUGAGCACAGUCACCCUGAGCAGUACAGCAAACUCCAGAGGGCUGCAGAGACAGCUGAGGCCCCCAAGAAGAAGGUUCCGCGCCCUGUGUUCCCAAUGCCUUUCCCUAUCCACGACAGGCCUGACCCUCACAUGUGCAAGGAGUGUGGCAAAACUUUCACACGUGCCUCAGACGUGACUCGUCACCAGCGGACACACACAGGUGAGCGCCCGUACGCCUGCGAGGAAUGUAAGAAGGGCUUCAAGAACUCUUGGGAUCUGACCAGACAUCAGCGCAUUCACACUGGAGAACGACCCUUCCUCUGCUCCCAGUGUGGCAAACGGUUCACCCAGAUGGGGUUGCUCAAGCUGCAUUUCGAACGAACCGCCUGCGGCCAGACUUGCAACCCUCCCCUCGACCUAACGACAGAGGUCGUAGUAGCAGAGGAGACGUCAGAGAAAGGGGCCGGUCAGUACAAAUGCCAGAAAUGUGGUGAGAGCUUCAGUAGCAUCCUGGAGAGGCUGAGGCACAGGCAGAGGCAUGUGGUGAGGCGUCAGUACAAAUGCUCCCUGUGUGAGAAGAUAUAUAGCCGAGCGUCAGACCUCAAGAGACACCAGAUGAAACACACCGGCGAGCGGCCAUUUGCCUGUGAGUGUGGGAAAAGCUUCACGCAUGUGUGGCUUCUGAAUAAGCACCGGCAGAUCCACACCAGGGAGCGUCCGUACACCUGCACAGAGUGUGGAAAGAGCUUCACGCAGCUCCAGAUCCUUAACAGGCACCUGCUGACUCACAGCGGCCAGCGGCCUUUCCAGUGCUCCUACUGUGAGAAGAGCUUCACCCAGCUGGCCAGCCUUACACGCCACGAAAGAAUCCACACGGGCGAGAGGCCGUACCUCUGCACCACCUGCGAGAAGACAUUCCUCACACAUGGAGAGCUGGUGAGGCAUCAGCGCAGCCACAGUAACUUUAGGCCGUUCAGUUGUCCACAGUGCCCGAAGAGCUUUAAAACCAAGCGAGCUCAGAGUGAACACCUCAACACACACACAGGAGAGCGUCCAUUUGCAUGCACCCGUUGCGGGAAGAGGUUCGCCAAGUCGACCUCGCUCAUCCGGCAUAACCUGACUCACACGGGGGAACGGCCCCACCAGUGCUCCCAGUGCGGGAAGACCUUCCUCACCUCCGGUGAGCUGCUCCUCCACAAACGGAUCCACACAGGAGAAAGGCCGUAUCCCUGCUCCUACUGCGACCGAAGGUUCAGGUGCUCCUCCGACCUCAACAUGCACAUCCGAACACACACCGGGGAGAAGCCGCACAGCUGUCUGUUCUGUAAGAAGAGUUUCUCUACGUCUACGAGGCUGAAGAGACACGCACGCACACACAUGGAGAAGGGUAUAGUUGUGGAAUCAUUAAGUCUUUGAGCUGUGUGGAGCAAGUGAUGUAUUUAUUAGAAGAUGAUUAUUGCUUUCACAUUCAAAAUAAAAGCUGUCUUUAAUCAGUUUCA